CUCAUCCCUGCUUGCCUCCAGCGCUCACCACAGACCACCACGAUGCCUCCAAGUCCUGCAAUUCCUGCAAUCCUCCAUCCUGCAUCCUGUUUAACCUUGGGCCAUCGGCGUGGACGGCACGGGCGGAGCGCGACCCUCCCGGUCCACUUGCCAGGCUCACCUCGCGUCAGCAUAUUUUGGCUGACGAUACUACAGCGUCGACGCGUAGCAACAACAAUUCACGUGUUGGCGCUGUUCCGUCAAACUCAACUCCAGAGGAACGCUACCUCUAAGCCUUGUGCAUAGCGCAGUUCCGUCUGCCCGGCAGAUGAAUGCAAGGGAUCGGG